CCCAGAAGCACAGAGGAAGAGAAGCCACUGCACCUAGGAAGGGAGGCAAACCCCACCCCACCCUCUGUGCAACCACUGCAUCAAGCAGCUACAGCGGAGGAGGGGCCAGAUAGGUAAUGAUAAAGGAAGUCGGAAGAUGAAGAUAAGAUGACGGCCCUCCCCCGAACUGUUUGCGCCCGGAAGCUGCCGAGCUACGGACUCUGGCAUGAACCGAGGAAAUCGACCAUUGUUGCUGUUUUUCUACGCAUUUUCUCAUCCGCGACAGCGCAGGCCGGACGAAGCAGAUAUAGCGAUUCAAAGAUGGAGAUCGAACUUGCAGCGCCGAAUGGCAGGAAGUGGACCCAGCCACUGGGCCUCUUCAUCAACAACGAGUUUGUCAAGAGCAGCAAUGAGCAGAAGAUCGCCUCCAUCAACCCCACAACGGAGGAGGAGAUAUGCUCCGUCUUUGCCGCCACGGCCGACGAUGUUGACAAGGCCGUGGCAGCCGCCCGCAAGGCCUUCAAAGAUCCCUCAUGGAGGUCCCUUUCCGGCACUGAGCGCGGGGCCCUCAUGGUGAAGCUGGCCGACCUGGUUGCGCAGCACGCCGAGACGCUGGCCACCAUCGAGUGUCUCGACAAUGGUAAACCCUACUCGGUCGCGCUCAAGGAGAACGUGCCGGAGGUGAUCAACGUCCUCAAGUAUUAUGCCGGGUACGCCGACAAGAACUUUGGUCAGGUCAUCGACGUUGGCCCGGCCAAGUUUGCCUACACCCUCAAGGAGCCCCUAGGCGUCUGCGGCCAGAUCAUCCCCUGGAAUUAUCCCCUCGACAUGGCGGCCUGGAAACUGGGACCCGCCCUCUGCUGCGGCAAUACGGUGGUGCUCAAGCUUGCCGAGCAGACCCCGCUCUCGAUGCUGUACGUGGCACGGCUUAUCAAGGAGGCCGGCUUUCCGCCGGGCGUGGUCAACAUUAUCAAUGGCCACGGCCGGGAGGCGGGCGCGGCGCUGGUGCAGCACCCUGGCGUGGACAAGAUCGCCUUCACCGGCAGCACUGCCACCGGCAAGGAGAUCAUGAAGAUGGCCUCGGCAACCAUGAAGAACAUCACCCUUGAGACAGGGGGCAAGUCGCCGCUCAUUGUGUUUGAGGACGCCGACCUCGAUCUAGCGGCGCAGUGGUCUCAUAUCGGCAUCAUGAGCAAUCAGGGCCAGAUCUGCACCGCCACGUCGCGCAUCCUGGUCCACGAGAAGGUGUACGACGAGUUCGUCGGGCGGUUCAAGGCCAAGGUCGAGGAGAUCUCGGUGGUGGGCGACCCGUUUGAGGAGACCACGUUCCAGGGGCCGCAGGUGACAAGGGCUCAGUAUGAUAGAGUGCUUUCGUACAUCAAGUCGGGCCAGGAAGAAGGCGCAACGAUUGUCCUGGGUGGCGAACCGCUGCCACAGAAAGGCAAGGGCUUCUUCAUCGCGCCAACCGUCUUCACCAACGUGAGGCCCGAAAUGAAGAUCUUCCGCGAGGAGAUCUUUGGCCCUUGCGUGGCUAUCGUCAAGUUCGAUACGGAGGAAGAAGCCAUUCAGCUGUCCAACGACACGACGUACGGCCUCGGGGCAGCGCUCUUCACCAAAGACUUGGUGCGGGCGCACCGGGUUGCCAGGGAGAUCGAGGCGGGCAUGGUCUGGAUCAACAGCAGCAACGAUUCCGAUUUCAGGAUCCCGUUCGGAGGCGUCAAGCAGUCGGGAAUCGGCAGGGAGCUGGGCGAGGCCGGGUUGGCACCGUACUGCAAUAUCAAGGCGGUUCAUGUGAACAUGGCGGCGUGACGGCCCCGGCUGUGCCUCAACACGGAGAAUUGUUUACGAGAAAUUCGCACCUCACUUUGUAAAAAAAUCUGCUCUAGCUCUGAAGAUAACGUUAGUCCGAGACUGCCUCUCCUUUAACCACGCGACGGAAGGUUUUGUACUUUUAUGGAAUACUCUUAUACUUGGUAUACAUGUAUGUACUGUACAUACUGACUGUACGGAGUACAAAAGGAGGUGCCAAGAAAACGACGUCAUCCUUGCUAGCUUUUCUUGCCGCUUUACGGAUUCC